AUCGAAAAUGAAAAUUAAAAGUUUGGGCGAAAAUAAUGAAAAUUUGUCUAAAAAAUCCUUUUCCCUGGCUUGAAUAUAUACAAUUUGCCGUUAUCGUGAUUGCGGCAGAGUAGUUUAGGUGUUCUUUCUUCUUUGUGACUUCGAAGGUUGAAGGAAGAAGUGAAUUAAGGACCCCUUUCAGAUUACCAUGUCGUGGGCAAGUGACUUCCCUGAGGAAUUGCUCUGUCGUCCUAUGGGGCUUGUGGUACUGACAGGCCUGGACAUCACCUACAAUGCUGUACAUAAGUCCAUAUGGGACUCAUUUUGUAAUAACAGACGCCAAGAUCGGGUACCUCUGAAAUUCCGUGUUUUUGAAGCAGACCAUGAGUAUCCAAAAGGAAGAUCAAAGAGGACGUCAUAUGAAUGGUACAUUCCCAAGGGUAUCCUAAAGACGUCCUGGAUGCAUAAACAUCUGGAGCGUAUGCCAGCUGUGGUGGUCGUCUUCUACGACCUUGAUUGGGACGAACACAUGUGGAAAGAGAAGCAGAUGGAGUGCGCCACGAGAGUGGAAAUUGUCAGGAGUACUCUUGUUGGCCGUGGAACGAAAGUGGCAGUGGUGCUCAUUCAGAAGAACACACCUCUCCCUCCUGGUGAGGAUGUGAUAGCUGCUGAGAGAGCUGCUUCCCUAUGCAGUGCGUGUGAGUUAUCUGCCAAGUCAUUGUUUGUCCUGCCACACUCGGACCACCUGCUUGGGUACACAAUCAGACUUGAGAAUGCGUUCUAUGAGCUGUCACAGAGUUACUACUACGCUGAAGCCAGACGGGUCAAGUCCCACAAAGAAUUCCUAAACAAGACCACACACCAGCUUCUCUAUGUACGCCACCAGUUCAAGAUAGGAUUCCUCAAUGAACUCAAGCAGGACACACACAUUGCACUAAAGCAUUACAAGCAAGCCUAUGGACAUGCUCUUGAUCUGCGAAUGCAUGACACCAACAUGCUUGAAGUGAAAACUAUAGCCUGCUUCAUUAAUUACAAGAUCUGUCGUCUUUCGUUUCAACACAAUGUACCACUUGAUGCCAUAGCACAGUUCAGGAAGCACAUCGACUUCUUCAAGAGCAAGAUCGGCAGUCCUGAGUUGGCCUUCGAACACAGUGCAUGGAUGUCAAAACAAUUCCAGGUUUUUGGCGACUUAUUUGAUGAAGCAAUCAAACUUGGUCUAACUGCCGUUCAGACCCAGCACCCUGGGUUCUAUUACCAGCAAGCUGCCAACCAUGCUAUAGCCAGGAAGCAAUUGUGUCGGGGCCUUUGCCACGCUUUGGCUGCCCCUCCUGUUCCUGACCCACUUGAAAACUUAACCAAUUUGGACUUCUAUGGCCAACGACCUUGGAGACAAGGACACCAGAGUAUAGAUCCUCCAGACAGUGUGAAGGAGAGAGAAGGCAUCAGAGCUCUCCAGGCACUGGAGCUCACCGUUGACCACUCGUGGCUGAUCAUCCCUCUGCUGAGCAGCGCUGUCUCACAGUUCAAGAAAUACAAGUCUCCCCGAAUGAAGCGAUACCUCAUGGUCCAGAUGGGUGAGGAGUACUACCAUGCUAAGGAUUACAACAAGGGGCUCACGAUUCUGUCAAGGGUAACGUGGGACUACCGGCAGGAGAGAUGGUGGCCGCUCUUGACCUCCAUUCUAAUCACCUCGCUCAGAUGUGCCUACCUUGUUGGAAACGUUGACGAGUAUGUCACGAUUUGUUUGGAACUCAUGGGAAAGAACAUCCUGUGCUCCCCUGAAGAGAAGACACGAAUUCAGAUGAACCUUAUCAGGGUGAUGUCUAAUGAUGCCCCAGAGCCUGAGCCAGGUUGUGACUCUGACUGUGUGGAGAAAGCGAAGUCCCUCUGGAAGACAGAUCCAUCGACAAGAGAAUCAAAUGUCUUCACGGUUGAAAUGAAUAACAUCAUUCCAUUCAUCGAGUGCAAAGCUCGGUUCACCCAUGCCACAUUCAAAGCUGACGAACCAGUCGAGCUUGAUGUCUUUCUAAGGAUGCAGGAGCCAGCCGAAUGCCCAAUGAGCAGAACAAGCUGUCCCUUCCCUAUCAGAUUUUCCAAGCUAUCAGUCCUAAUAAACAACGUGGCCUACAAUGAAUUCUGUUCUGUGACAGAUACUGAGGGAAUCUCGUCCACAGACGAAGGGUCUGGGUACCUCUACCUUGUCCCUGGCAAACCAAAACGGCAGACAUUCACAUUCAUCCCACUGAAGGAAGAUGUUGGAAAACAGAUACAGAUCACCUCUGUUGCGCUUGAAGUAGGUUCUGAGAAUGCCCGCUGUGCCAUCCUGCACUGGUCUAGUGAGGCUAUCUCGUCCCAAUUGCCACCGCAUGGCGUCAAUGCCAGUCAGCACGUGUCUGAUGUGGACAGCCUACCAUGGGAUAAGAUACACACAAGCCCCACUACCAGCAUCAUUCCACGCGAGUCCCAACUGGAGAUCUCCCUGGAGCACAGUCUCCCCAGCCUCGUCAACGAGUUCUACUUCAUCGAGUUCUCCAUCGACAAUAAGGAGGAGAAUGAGAUCACUGACAUCAGCCUGUCUGUUGGCCUGACCGAGGGACAGGAUCAGAUCAUGGAACAAACAACUCACAUCUGCGUGGACCAAGCAGAGUAUGAUGGGAAGGUGGUCUCCAAGAGGAUGGGAAUCAAUCUUGGGAGUCUUCAACCUGGAGAACAGAUUUCGCGUAACCUGUUCGUCAAGUGCCUGCAGGUUGGAGACAGGUUAAUCAGUGCUAAAGUCAUGUACAAUGUUAUUGUUGUCGUCAACGAGCAGCAGAUUACCUGUAUGUGUAACAAGGAGGAGAAGUGGAAACUGCCCGUAGUGACACCUUUUGAGGUUUCUGUCAACCUCAACUCGUUAAAGUUUGAGACGAUUGAGGCAAUUCAUGGUGACGAGCCUUUCCUCCUGUUGUCAGAGUUGAUCUGUACCUCGCCCUGGCCCCUCGAGAUCAAGAGCAGCGAUUUGAAGCUGUCGCCGUAUGUCCAGUCAUGUGAUGGAAAUCUCCAGUCACAAGUGGAAGGAUUGAACCUGCAGAAAGAUGAACGAGCUACAGAAUGCCACUGCCUGGUAGCGCCACCAUCAAUCCAGCCCUCGGUUCCACUUGGAAUGUACACGAUUAACUGGAGACGAAAAGAGCACAACAAUGUCCUACCCUAUGUCUCGACGACUCUGACCCUUCCCACGAUACCUGUCGAACAUGUGCCAUUGUUUGUGGAUGCAGAACUCCCCUCCCAUGGAAGUGUCCGUGUCUGCCUCCCGGCGGUCUACACCAUAUACAACAGAACUAGCUACGUGCAGGAGAUGGAAGUCAACAUGGAGAACUCUGAGUGCUUCAUGUUCUCGGGUCACAAACAUGUUCACGUGCGCAUCCUCCCCAGUAGUAACCACCAGUUGUCAUUCAACCUGUUCCCGUUGAUGACAGGUUUCAUUGAGCUGCCUAAACUUCAGGUUAACAUGUUGCGAUAUCCUGGCGUCUUCAAUGAUGUUGUACAGAAAAUGCUCCCUACUCAUAUAUUUAUUAAGCCAAGUGGUAAAGAAAUGCAACCAACUCUUGUCUGACACAUAUAGAGGAGCUGGUAAAUUCAACUAGCAUCACAUCUAUUUGGAAAAUAGAAAGACCACGAAGGAAGGGUCAAGCGGUAGCUCUUUAUUGGAGAUACUUGUUGAUAUGAAUAGUUCAAAUCAUGAUAUAUAGGGUGGCCCAAAAAUGUUGCACCUGACUUUUUGGUAUUAAGAUGUGCGGGGUGUUGAACUUAUGGUAUUGUAGUUGUGCAAGCAUCCAGACAUUGAUCUUUUCCAACUGCUUCAAAGCAGCCUUCUGGGCAGCCAAAUUACAUGUAUGAUGUGCUUUUUCUCUCCUUACUAAAAGGCUGGCUUCAUGCUAAAAUAAAUUUAUCUAGUCAACAUAGAAAAAUAUUACCGUAAUUGAUAAUUUUGGUAAUUGUAUGAAUACAGUGUGUACAAAUGUAUAGUCGUCCUGGUAAUACGGUAUAACCAUUUGAUUGUUGUAUGUAAAAUGAGUUUGUAUUUAUCAAACCCACCGACCAUUUGCCAUCUUGGUUGCCUAGUGAAAAAAACCAAAACAAUGUGUACACGUCAUUGCUGUUUACAUGUCUUGCUUCGUACAUAUCUGUGUAAAAUUCUGAUUGCAUCUCCGUUUCAAACCAAAGCAACCAAGAUGGCAGACAGUCAUGAAUAUGCCACGGGGUGUUUUAAUGAUGUUAUAUCUAGGUCACUUCAUCUUUCUACACCGUAGCUGUACUGACUCUAAGCCAGUAUAAGUUAAUCAUGAAGGUAACGCAGUAUAAAAUUAUGCUGCUAUUCUGUAGUUUAUCAUGAUUGUGAAUAAUGAAUAUUUAUUAAAGUGUCAUUAAUGACUGUA